GAUCUACCUCCUCACGUACAUACUACAUCGCACACACACGUAUUCUUCUCAAUCCAAACAAACCUUUCUCUUCUUCUUCUACUUCAGUAUUAAUUUCAUUUCCUUUAUGAUUCUCUAGUCCCGGCGCCUCCAAUCUCUCGUUGCCUCACAGUCGCCUUUUCCCGUUGAGCCUCCACUAUGGCCGGUAACAGGACCAUAAGCCUCGAGGAGAUCAAGAACGAAUCCGUCGAUUUGGAACGGAUACCUGUAAGUGAAGUGUUCGAGCAGCUGAAAUGUAGCAGCAAAGGACUGACUUCAGAGGAAGGAACCCAUCGACUCCAAGUUUGUGGACCAAACAAACUAGAAGAGAAAAAGGAGAGCAAGUUUCUCAAGUUUUUGGGUUUUAUGUGGAACCCUUUAUCAUGGGUCAUGGAAGCUGCUGCUAUCAUGGCUAUUGUCAUGGCAAAUGGGGAUAACAAACCUCCAGACUGGCAGGACUUUGUUGGUAUCGUUGUGUUGUUGCUGAUCAACUCUACCAUUAGUUUUAUUGAAGAAAAUAACGCUGGUAAUGCUGCAGCAGCCCUCAUGGCUGGUCUUGCUCCCAAAACUAAGGUUCUAAGAGAUGGUCAAUGGAGUGAACAAGAUGCUGCAAUUCUGGUUCCAGGGGACAUAAUCACCAUUAAAUUGGGAGACAUAAUUCCUGCAGAUGCUCGUCUUCUUGAGGGUGAUCCUUUAAAGAUUGAUCAAUCUGCUCUCACUGGAGAAUCUCUUCCUGUCACUAAAAACCCCUCAGACGAAGUCUUUUCUGGUUCCACAUGCAAACAGGGUGAAAUAGAAGCAGUUGUCAUUGCAACUGGUGUGCACACCUUUUUUGGUAAAGCUGCACAUUUGGUAGACAGCACCAAUCAAGUUGGGCAUUUCCAGAAAGUUCUCACUGCCAUUGGCAAUUUCUGCAUUUGUUCGAUUUUUAUUGGAUUAUUCAUUGAGGCAGUUGUCAUGUACGGGAUCCAGCACCGCAAGUACAGGGAUGGAAUUGACAAUUUACUAGUUCUCUUGAUUGGAGGAAUCCCGAUUGCCAUGCCAACUGUGUUAUCUGUCACCAUGGCUAUUGGUUCUCACAGGCUCUCUCAGCAAGGGGCUAUUACCAAGCGAAUGACAGCCAUCGAGGAAAUGGCAGGCAUGGAUGUUCUCUGCAGUGACAAGACAGGGACUCUGACCCUGAACAAACUGACAGUUGAUAGAAACCUGAUUGAAGUGUUUGAGAAGGGCAUAGAAAAGGAGCUAAUUAUCCUUUAUGCAGCUAGGGCUUCAAGAACUGAAAAUCAGGAUGCCAUUGAUGCGGCUAUUGUUGGAAUGCUUGCAGAUCCCAAAGAGGCACGAGCGGGUGUAAGGGAGGUUCAUUUCUUUCCAUUCAACCCUGUAGACAAAAGAACUGCUCUUACCUACAUUGAUUCUAAUGGAAACUGGCAUCGGGCUAGCAAAGGUGCCCCUGAGCAGAUAUUGAACCUCUGCAACUCCAAGGAAGAUGUUCGGAAAAGGGUUCAUGCAGUAAUUGGCAAAUUUGCCGAACGUGGACUUCGAUCAUUAGCUGUGGCAAUACAGGAAAUACCUGAGAAGACAAAAGAAAGUCCAGGGGCACCAUGGCGAUUUAUUGGUUUGUUGCCUCUGUUUGAUCCUCCAAGGCAUGACAGUGCUGAAACCAUUAGAAGAGCUCUAAACCUUGGCGUGAAUGUUAAAAUGAUUACUGGUGAUCAGCUCGCCAUUGCCAAAGAAACUGGGAGGAGGCUUGGAAUGGGAACAAACAUGUACCCUUCUUCCUCCUUGCUUGGCCAAGAGAAGGAUGCUUCAAUUGCUGCUCUCCCUAUAGAUGAGUUGAUUGAGAAGGCAGAUGGAUUUGCAGGAGUAUUUCCAGAACACAAAUAUGAAAUUGUUAAUAGGCUGCAAGGGAGGAAACAUAUCUGCGGUAUGACUGGAGAUGGUGUCAAUGAUGCACCUGCUUUGAAGAAGGCAGAUAUUGGAAUUGCUGUUGCGGAUGCUACAGAUGCUGCUAGAAGCGCAUCAGAUAUUGUCCUUACUGAACCUGGGCUUAGUGUCAUUAUAAGUGCGGUGCUAACUAGCAGGGCUAUUUUCCAAAGGAUGAAGAACUACACAAUCUAUGCAGUUUCUAUUACCAUCCGUAUUGUGUUUGGUUUCAUGUUUAUUGCCUUGAUAUGGAAGUUUGACUUUGAUCCUUUUAUGGUCUUAAUUAUUGCUAUCCUAAAUGAUGGGACAAUCAUGACAAUAUCAAAAGACAGAGUGAAGCCAUCUCCGCAGCCAGACAGCUGGAAGUUGAGAGAGAUUUUCACUACUGGCAUUGUGCUCGGAGGAUAUUUGGCAUUGAUGACUGUAUUAUUUUUCUGGGCCAUGAGAGACACCAAUUUAUUCACAGACAAGUUUCAUGUAAGACCCCUGAGGGAUAGUCCUGAGGAAAUGAUGGCAGCUUUAUACCUUCAAGUGAGUAUUGUGAGCCAGGCCCUUAUUUUUGUGACACGAUCGCGGAGCUGGUCCUAUGUUGAACGCCCCGGACUUCUGUUAAUCAGUGCUUUUAUAGUCGCUCAGUUGGUAGCAACACUGAUUGCAGUUUAUGCAAAUUGGGGUUUUGCUAAUAUAAAAGGUGCUGGCUGGGGAUGGGCUGGAGUGAUCUGGCUUUAUAGUGUUGUGACUUAUAUCCCUCUUGAUCUUCUCAAGUUUGCCAUCCGCUAUGUCCUCAGCGGCAAGGCGUGGGAUACACUUUUACAGAACAAGACUGCCUUCACUACAAAGAAAAACUAUGGAAAAGAAGAAAGAGAGGCACAAUGGGCUACAGCACAGAGAACCCUCCAUGGUCUUCAACCACCCGAAACAGUAACCCUUUUCAGUGAUAAGAACAGUUACAGGGAACUCUCAGAGAUUGCAGAGCAGGCUAUACGCCGGGCUGAGGUUGCCAAAUUAAGGGAGCUGCAUACACUCAAGGGGCAUGUUGAAUCAGUUGUUAAGCUGAAGGGACUUGAUAUCGAUACGAUUCAACAGCAUUACACAGUUUAAGAAGCAGCUAAAGCUUAAUGUUUGAAUGAGACAUACAGUCCUGACAUUUCCUCCGGCUAAAAAAUAGUUGAUGCAAUAGUUAAUUCUUAAUUGCUAUGUUUUCUUAAAAGUAUAUAUUCCUCUUGUAUCUUCCCAUACCAUUAUGCUGCUGCUUCUACUUUCUUAAAUUCAGUAGUUCAUAUUCCUGCCUUUUUGUCCUUUUUACGUGUCAAUAUUAUAUCUAUUACCUGUUCCCACCUGUUCCCAUCUGUUCCCAUCUGUUCCCAUUAAACACUUGCUGAGAAU